AUGACUGCAGCUGCGGUGCAGAUAAAAGACCAGGAGUCCACCAGGAGUCCACAAGGAGUCCACCAGGAGCCCACCAGGAGUCCACCAGGAGUCCACAAGGAGUCCACCAGGAGCCCACCAGGAGUCCACCAGGAGUCCACCAGGAGUCCACCAGGAGCCCUCCAGGAGCCCACAAGGAGUCCACCAGGAGUCCACCAGGAGUCCACCAGGAGUCCACCAGGAGCCCUCCAGGAGCCCACAAGGAGUCCACCAGGAGUCCACCAGGAGUCCACCAGGAGUCCACAUGGAGUCCACCAGGAGUCCACCAGGAGCCCUCCAGGAGUCCACAAGGAGUCCACCAGGAGCCCACCAGGAGCCCACCAGGAGCCCACCAGGAGUCCACAAGGAGUCCACCAGGAGCACACCAGGAGCCCACCAGGAGCCCACCAGGAGCCCACCAGGAGUCCACAAGGAGUCCACCAGGAGCCCACCAGGAGCCCACCAGGAGCCCACCAGGAGUCCACAAGGAGUCCACCAGGAGCACACCAGGAGCCCACCAGGAGCCCACCAGGAGCCCACCAGGAGUCCACAAGGAGUCCACCAGGAGCCCACCAGGAGCCCACCAGGAGCCCACCAGGAGCCCACAAGGAGCCCACCAGGAGUCCACCAGGAGCCCACCAGGAGUCCACAAGGAGUCCACCAGGAGCACACCAGGAGCCCACCAGGAGCCCACCAGGAGCCCACCAGGAGUCCACAAGGAGUCCACCAGGAGCCCACCAGGAGCCCACCAGGAGCCCACCAGGAGUCCACCAGGAGUCCCCAAGGAGUCCACCAGGAGCACACCAGGAGCCCACCAGGAGCCCACCAGGAGCCCACCAGGAGCCCACCAGGCCUCCUGCUGGCUGA